CAAUUACGUCACUACCGGAAAGAUUCGUGACGCCAGGAAGAGAGCAGCGGUGUGUGAGGCUCCCGCUGAAUGAAAUUGAACGGCCAACUCAGUUCAUUCAUUCAACUUUAUGAGGAAAUUUGACAGUGUGUGCCAAGCAUUACAUGUUAGUUUGUGCUACCAGGUAAGAGUGAGCAGACCGCGGAGCUCAGUCAGUUAAUGUUCGCGAGCUGGCUGUUAAACCCGGCGUGUUUACAUCGUUGCUAGUCAGUGUUAGCAACCUUGUGCUAUAAAUAUCAGCAUCAGGGACAGUCACACAGUGUCUGAGCUGAUUAGGUGGCAUUUGGCCGUUGUGUCUUGAAAUAGCCAGACGUACCAUCACCUGCUUAACAAUAGUAAUGUCCCGUUUGGCUCUCUGUUUUAUCACAAGCUGCUCUUGUUUGUUUUAAGUCGAGCUCCAGCCAGUUACAUGGUGGCAUCCUAACACCUUUCCUUUGAAUUUGCCCGUCUCUCCCUUUCUGCAAGGUGUGCGCGUGCAUGUUUGUUAUUGUUGCUGGAAAUAUUUUGAUUAGGGUGCGCGUGCAUACCUUGACUUCAACUGCAGUCGUGUGUAUGUGUGUGUGAAGAGCACCGAAGAGUCAUGUCGGUGUCGGUUAUCAUUAAGUGGGGAGGUCAGGAAUACUUCAUCAGUUCUCUGUCUGAGGAAGACACGGUGUUGGACCUGAAACAGUCCAUCAAGACCUUGACUGGGGUCCUGCCAGAGAGACAGAAACUCCUGGGACUCAAGGUCAAAGGUAAACCAGCAGAGGAUGAGAUGAAGCUGGGCUCGUUGAAGUUGAAGCCUAAUACCAAGAUCAUGAUGAUGGGUACCAGAGAGGAGAGUCUGGAAGACGUUUUAGCCCCUCCACCAGAGAAUGAUGACGUUGUCAAUGAUUUUGACAUUGAGGAGGAGGUCAUUGAAGUGGAGAACAGAGAGGAGAACCUGGCAAAAAUAGCUAGAAGAGUCAAAGAGUACAAGGUAGAGGAACUAAACCCUCCUAGAGAAGGCAAGAGGCUCCUGGUUCUGGAUGUGGACUACACACUGUUUGAUCACAAGUCAUGUGCAGAAACAGGUCAGGAGCUGAUGAGACCCUACCUUCACGAGUUCCUGACAUCAGCCUAUGAGGACUACGAUAUUGUAAUUUGGUCUGCCACAAGUAUGAAAUGGAUUGAUGCAAAAAUGAAGGGUACCUAUCUAAGAGGCAGCACCACUGAGGAGGGACUAUAUUAUCAGCGCAAAGACUUGGAGUGGAUGCAACCAAUGCAUCAUCCGCUUGUCAAACACAAGAACAAACAUAAAGUCCUUCAUACCAAACCUCACUAAAAGUCCAACACUAACCCUACAAUUACACACAAGGUCAAAACCUCAGGACUGAGACGGGCUUCCCAGUUUAUAUAUCUGCAUGUUCUCUGCCUUCUCUUAGUCUGGAACAUUUGUUUGUUCAAAUAUUGUUUACAGUUACUAUCAGUGUGCAAGGUGCAUUGUGG